GUCCGUUGGCGUCUAGCCAAACCUCAUGUGGGAAUCAUUUGAGGCUUGGGCCCUUUGCUUCCAAGGAGACAGAGGGUCCCUCUGUGUUUCCAUCAGAGGUGUGUAGGCAGCUUUGGUGCCUCUUCUGCCCCCACACCUGGGUCCUCACCUUCUCUGCCUUCCUCCCAGGUCGUCAAGCGAGAGGGCACGGGCACGGAGAUGCCUAUGAUUGGGGACUGCGUCUUUGUCCACUACACUGGCUGGCUGUUAGAUGGCACCAAGUUUGACUCCAGUCUGGACCGCAAGGACAAAUUCUGUUUUGACCUGGGCAAAGGGGAGGUCAUUAAGGCUUGGGACAUUGCUGUAGCAACCAUGAAGGUGGGAGAAGUGUGCCACAUCACCUGCAAACCAGAGUAUGCCUACGGUUCGGCAGGCAGCCCUCCAAAAAUCCCCCCCAAUGCCACGCUUGUGUUUGAGGUGGAGUUGUUCGAGUUCAGGGGAGAGGACCUGACAGAAGAAGAAGAUGGUGGGAUCAUCCGGAGAAUACGGACUCGGGGUGAAGGCUAUGCCAGGCCCAACGAGGGCGCCAUCGUGGAGGUUGGACUGCAAGGGUACUACAAGGACCAGAUGUUUGACCGGCGGGAACUCCACUUUGAGGUUGGCGAGGGGGAGAGCCUGGACCUGCCUUGUGGGCUGGAGAAAGCCAUUCAGCGCAUGGAAAAAGGAGAACAUUCUGUUGUGUACCUCAAGCCCAGCUAUGCUUUUGGCAACGUGGGGAAGGAAAAGUUCCAGAUCCCACCAAAUGCCGAGCUGAAAUAUGAAAUACACCUCAAGAGUUUUGAGAAGGCCAAGGACUCUUGGGAGAUGAACUCUGAGGAGAAGCUAGAACAGAGCACCAUAGUGAAAGAGCGGGGCACCGUGUACUUCAGGGAAGGCAAGUACAAGCAAGCUCUACUGCAGUACAAGAAGAUUGUAUCCUGGCUGGAAUAUGAGUCAAGUUUCUCUAAUGAGGACGUGCAGAAGGCACAGGGCCUUCGGCUGGCCUCCCACCUCAACCUGGCCAUGUGUCAUCUGAAACUACAGGCCUUCUCAGCUGCCAUUGAAAGCUGUAACAAGGCCCUGGAACUGGACAGCAACAAUGAGAAGGGCCUUUUCCGCCGCGGAGAGGCCCACCUGGCGGUGAAUGACUUUGACUUGGCACGGGCCGACUUCCAGAAGGUCCUGCAGCUCUACCCCAGCAACAAAGCCGCCAAGGCCCAGCUGGCUGUCUGCCAGCAGCGGAUCCGCAAGCAGCUCGCGCGGGAGAAGAAGCUCUACGCCAACAUGUUUGAGAGGCUGGCCGAGGAGGAGAGCAAGGUAAGGCUCGGGACAGGGAAUGAUGGGGACAGACCGAGAAAAAGGUGCUGCCUUGUCCCUGCGCCUGACCCAGCUGUUGUCGCUUUUCGCCUCUGGUUGUGCAUGCCACUCCUGGACACCAGACGCUGCCCUUGUCCCUGGAGCAAUAACACGUACGUCCCCUUGGCAAAAACCCCUGUGAGGGCCACAGGUCCUCUGUGAUCAGGGCUAAAAACCCCCUCGCGAACCCUAGAUGUCAGGAGUUGGGUUGUGCCUCCCAAACUCCGUUCUCCGUUCCUUUUUAAAAUCUUAAAAGCCUGUGUUUAAAUAGGCAAUAUAGUCAAAAACCAGUGAUGUAUUGUAUGGUGACUAACAUAACAUAAUAAAAUAAAAAUAAUAAAUAAAUAAAUAGGGAAUAUAAUUAUAUCGUUCCAGUGAAGCCGCACAAGAGAGUAUGUAAUAAAAAGCCUCUCUCCCACUACGCAGAAGCAAUUGGAUAUGACUAGUGUUUAGAUGGUUCCACUAAAUUACAUACAUGCACAAGUAGACCGUUUUCUUCCUCUUCCCUAAUAAAAGGCACCAUGUUCUACCGGUUUUUCGUACAUCAUGCUUUCUUCGUAUAUCAUCCCUGCAAGUACAACGUAAGAAAAUCGCUUUCACGUUCUUUACUGUGCUGAUGGUGUUCCAUCGUAGGCGUAUAUCCUACCGCUUUUCCUAGUCCCUGUUAAGUCUUCCAGUGUUCAAAACCAGCACUGUUGAAUAGAAACUGAAUGCAAAUUGUACAGUGAUUUUCAGUUUUCUAAGUAGCCAUGCUAAGAAAAGUGAACAAACAGGUGAGAUUAAUUUCAAUAUUUAGUUGACCCAAGGUGUCUAAAUACUGCAACAUGUAAUGUUUGUUUUUGUUUUUGUUUUUUUAAUGAGAUGAUGC